CACUGAUCAGUGGUGCAUCAUGGACAUUCCACCCACCGAACACGUCUUGCGCGCCCACCACGUCGGCCUACUGACACUUUUCUCACUUACGUUCAAAGAGUUCGAGGGAAAGCUACCGCCUGCCUUUCUGCUGCACAUAUACCGGCUUCUGUUGAACGAGGUUUCCGAGGUGGCCCCGCCGAAGUCGUUCACCGAGCUUCAGAUGGACCUUCUUUCAGCGAGCAAGGCGGAGCUCCAGAUCUCUCGCCGCUUGAUAGCGGGUUUCGAUGCUUGGAGGGAUGGUUUAGCAACGGCUGAGCGGCUGGCUCAGUUUCUCUCCGCAUUGCCGAAUCUGUUUCAAGAGAAGGUUGAGGGCGAAGAGGAAAUUCCACCUACCUUGCAACGACGCUCAAUCUUCGGUUACUUCUGUCGGCGGUGCCAUGCAAGCUACCUGAAGCUUACGUUCUACGGCGUGGGGAAGCUUCAGAAGGACUAUCAAUCGUGGUGUCGGGGAGCGGAUCCGGUCGAGAUCAAGUUUCCAGCUGCCAAGGAUCAGUUGCAGAGCCACAUCUAUAACUACAGAACGAUGGCGGACAAAGUAGUCUGGGCACGACCUGACUCCUACGACACUUUCAACAAAGCGAUGGCCACAGGGAAUGAGAGUGUAGCUGUCGAAAAUCUCCGUCGGUUCUUCGAGCAACAUUUCCACGAAAACAAUGAUUCUGGUUUUCGGCAGCAUGCGUUGCUGCAUCUCGUGCGAAUGCAUUAUGUGCGCCAGGAAUAUGUUGCUGCUCGCAAGUUACUGCACGAAGCAAUUGCAAUCGCCCGACUGAACAACGACAGGGUAACCUUGCAGCACUGCACAAGUCUACUACAUCGCCUGCCACCCACAAUUCCGCGUAAGCGGCCGACCCUGAAUGAAACACAACCAGACUUGCAUCCCAUGGAGAUUCUGUACGACGUUUCAAAGCUGAUGGACGAGGAGAAUGGGCAGCCUCUGAGCGCAUCGUUUGCGAGAAUAGUGGAGGGGGUCGGGUUGUAUGACCACUGGUUUGACACACAACCUAUUCCACCGGCUGACACCGAACAAUGGGCUCAGCAUGCUGUGCAGUCUGUUCUCUGGACCGCAGCUGGCUGUCCCGGUCUUGCUGCGUUGGAGGAAGAUCUCGUCAUCGCUUUCACGGACGAAGGCGGCAGUGAUAAUAACCGGACGACUGUGAUGCUAAACAAGCUGUACCGGCAUGCCAGGUCUGGGUACUACGAUCAGGCUUUGUCAGCCUUGCUACAUCCCAGCAUGUGGCGCGGCCUCUCCCUCAUAGAUUAUGGACUAUGGGCUCAGGAAAUAUGGCAUAUCCUUGUUUUGAGAGCGACCCGGCGAGGACAAGAUCGCGCUUACCGAGAGAUCCUUUUACCGAGAAGACCUCCUGGGGAAUACAAGCCCAGGACGUACACGCUUGUCCCUGCGGGCCCCAAGCUUUCCAAAAUACAGCAGCCUCUCUGGGAGGUCAUCCAGAUGAAGCAAUGCGAUCAAGCUACGAGCACCAUGGAUGAUCUGCUGACGGCGCUAUGGCACUCUGAAUUUCUGGGUCGGCUCAGUUCAUACAGGACAGGGAUUAUUCUGUUGGCGGACGUGUCUCUCGAAUUUGGCAUGUCUCAAAGGUCAUGCAACAUACUACAAGACAUCAUGCCCCAAUUGAUCGCAGGGUUCGAUACAGAAUUACGAGCACUGGCAUGUUUUACAUUGGCUCGUUGCACGAUUGUGGCCGGGGAGACUUCCGCGGAGUCGCUCGAACAGGCUGUCAGAUACCUCACGAUUGCCGAGACUGAUUUCCUCAGCCUAGAGAUGUUUAGCGCGGCCAUGGACGUGCAAUACUUCCUUUCGGUCGUUUACCACAACUUGGAGCAAGACGCAGAUUGUGAUGCGGCAGCUAGGCGGCAUUUCGCGUCUCAGGAGUCAUUGAAGAGUCUGGAAAUCACGCAAGAUGGAUACAUACCAGUGUUGGAGAUUGUACGAGUGGUCGGUGCGGCUUUAGCCAGUCGUCAUGUUCCGGUAUCGUAGUCACGUGGACGUGUGUGUUGUGCUUCGUUGAAGAUUCCGCAUUCAGAACUCG